AUGAUGGAUCCUUCUGUUCAAUUUGAUCGACAGGAAGGAACCAAUUUCUUGAGAAAUAUUAUUCGUAAGAACCUUGGAGACUCUUAUCAGGAAGGAAUAUUCCCAGGACCAAUGGCUGUACAGCUUUCCAGGACUUCCCUUCAUCUAUUGAGUGAGCACGAUUAUUAUAUUACAGAAAAAUCAGAUGGUAUUCGUGCCAUGUGUUUAAUGUUGAGAAGCAAGGAAUUUCCUAGAUGGGUUCAUGAUUCGGAUAAUACUCAACAAUUUGAUUUGAAGAAUAAUUGUGCUAUUGAAUGUAUUUAUCAUCAUGCUAAACAAGCUGGAAAGGACACUACUUUAAAAGUAACUUGUAUGGAAAAUACAAAUUUACAAUAUUUAAGUAGAACCAAUACAGUACUGCUGAUUGAUACAGUAACAAACUCUUCAAUCAAGUUGAAAAGAUUGAAAGGAUGGUCCUUUUCAUUCUUUUUUGAUAGAACUUUUGAAUUUUAUCUUAGUAUUGAGGAAAUUGCAUUUCCAUCAAGAGAUAAUAUUAAUAGAAAAACUAAAACACUCGAGGAAUGUCGCUAUCAAGAUAUUGUAAUCUUGGAUGGUGAAAUAGUCUUUAACUUGAAAGAACAACGAAAUAAUUAUUCAAUUUAUGACCUAAUUACAUUUUGCAAAGAAAAGGUAAUUUCAGCAAGAGCAGAAUCUAUGAACAACCGAUAUGAAUUCAUAGAAAAAUACAUUACCGAUCCACAUUAUCACUAUUAUAAAAUCAUUUUAAAGAGAGAUCCACCAAAAUGUUUAAAACUCAUCCGUAAACAUUUCUAUGAAAAGUCUAAAUUGAUGGAAGUAAUGGAAUGCAUUAAGGAGGAUCCAGAAACUGGUGAAUACUUGUACAAAAAUUACAAUAAGAAUGAUGGAUUGGUUUUCACUCCAAAGGAUGCAGUCCUGAGUGCUUUCAAACCAGGUGCUAAUAACUACCUGUUAAAGUGGAAAUGGCCAAACAAACUAACCUGUGAUUUCCUAGUUUCACCAGAUGAAAAUUCAAGUUUGAAAGAACAUGCAGAAGGUGCCAAUGACAAUUUAUUCCAUGUAUAUUUCCAAUUUUCAAAGAUUAGUCACUUUUUCGAUACUGUUCAAGUGAAGGAUAUUAGUCCACAUAUUUUGGCUAAAUUCUUGGAUCUUCAAAAGGGAACUGGAUUAAUUGUUGAAAUGGGAUUCGACUCGACUAAAAGUGGAUGGUAUUUCCUUCUCAUUCGUGAAGAUAAGACUUCACCAAAUGCCUUUAAAACUGUUGCCAAUACUGUUGAGAAUAUGAUUGAAAAUAUCACCAUUGAUGAUUUGAAACAUUACAUUAGCCCAAAUUCCAACUCUGAUAACUACCAUAAAUAUGUCCAAUCAAGAGGCACAUUUACAGAACUAUACAGAGAAAGAGUCAUUAGAAUGAAUCAAGUUGCUUAUUUCAGACUGCAACACGUUGCACAAAAACUCUCACUUCAAUUCUGUAUUAAGGGUGAUGAAGGUGAUAUUUGGAGAGUUCAUUGUAUGGAAGUUGAUGUUGAUGCUAAUUUUGUUAAUACCAUCGAUUUGAGUUCAAUUAGAAAUAGGAAUGAGCAAAUUGCCAAGGCAUACUUCCAUCCUCUAGAUGGUAGAUACAAGAUUAUUGAACUUGUAGAUUCACGUUAUGCUGAAUAUUGUGAAGGAUCUUUCCUUUUGAAACAACUCUUAAAGAUGGAAUCAACCAAGAAUGAAAUUCAAAAGAGAUUGAAACGAGAGGAUAAUCCAACCAAUAAUUCCAAAUAUGAACCAUCCCAAAAGAAGGUCAAACAAUAA